CUUGGAUCAGCUGGUGGAGUUAAAGCAACUGGAUACACAAUCUCAGUCUGGUAUUUCCAAACUUGCCUUUUAACCUGCAGAACCAGAGUCGGGAGCAGAACUUCUUGCCACCAUGAAAACAAUUAUUGCAGCCUAUUCCCAAAAUCGUAGUGGGAGUCGCGCCAGCAUCCAGGCAGCCCUCCGCACCCUGCUCACGGCGCCGUGGCCCUCACAGCGGGACGUCCGGUCGUGGCUGCAGCUCCUUGCUGUCCUCCAGUGGGUCCUCAGCUUCCUGCUCCUGGGGGUGGUCAGUCUGCUUCUGCUCAUCUACCUGGUGUUCACCAGCUUCUGGCCCAUUUCCGCCCUGUAUCUGGCCUGGAUCAUCUUUGACUGGGACACACCAGAAAAAGGCGGGAGGAGGCUGGCGUGCUUGCGGAAAUGGUCCGUGUGGAAGCAUUUCCGAGAUUAUUUCCCAGUCCAGGAACCGCUCCUGGAAACAUGUUCGCUUUCCCCGCUUGCCAUGGCUUGCAGCCCGGUGGGAGAUGGUGGUCCGCUGCCCGUCAUGGUCACACGCUCCCAGCCCCACGGCGGCCGGCAGCUCCCGCAUGGCUGGAGCGGCGCGGGAACCGCCGUGGUCAUCGUCAUCGGCGGCGCGGCCGAGUCGCUCUCCUGCCAGCCGGGAGUCACCACCUUAAUCCUGAAGAACCGCAAGGGCUUCGUGCGCAUGGCCCUGCAGCACGGGGCGUACCUGGUCCCCUCCUUCUCCUUCGGCGAGAACGACCUCUUCCGGCAGGUGGUUUUCAAGGAGGGCAGCUGGAUGAGGAGCAUCCAGCAGCGCUUCCAGAAGAUGAUGGGCUUUGCCCCCUGCGUCUUCUACGGCCGGGGUCUCACAUCUGUUCAGUCCCGGGGCUUUUUGCCCUAUGCCAGGCCCAUCACGACCAUUGUGGGGGAGCCCAUGACGGUGCCCAAGAUCGAGGACCCAAGCUGCGAGACGGUGGACCUGUACCACGAGAUGUACGUCCGCUCCCUGCUCAAGCUCUUCAACGAGAACAAGACCAAGUACGGGCUGUCAGAGACGGACGAGCUGCGGAUCGUGUGAGCGAGGCCAGGCAGAAGCCACGGGCCGAGGCGGGCGGCCAAGUCCUGACUCGCAAGGGCAGCCGGCUCUUGAGGGUGGGGAUUUCAGCCCGCCCGGUGGGUGGGCACGGAAGGACGGGCACUGCGCUUGUGGGGACCCCCUGGCCCCAGAGACCCUUCCCAUGUGCCACAUGCCGCCGCUGCCCCUGGCCUCCUCUCCUCGCCUAUCACCACGUGGGCCUCCGCUCCGGCCCCCGCUCCUUGACGGUGGCUUGAAAAAGGAAGAUGGAAAAAGCAGAGUGAGGCACAGGAGAAACCAAGGGGAGGGAGGGGAAGAUUGGCAGAGGGCCCCUGGGGUAUCGCUGGGGUGAGCAGCCGCUUCCCCGCUCCUUCGCAGCCUGGCCCAGCGGUCCUGCGGGACAGGGGCUCGUGGAGCCACGGCAUGGGAGGCAGUGAUGUCCCCACGGGCUGUGCCGGCGGGAUGUCGGGCCACGGCAGGCGCUGUGGGGCAACGGGGAGGUGGUCCGUUCCAGGGAGUACUUUCAUUCAAGGCUUUUGAACGUGACAGCUUGCACUGCAACGUUCAGCUUGGCAAACAGGUCUUAUGCAGCCAGGUGUACUGGUGGCUUUUCCACAGUCUCAUCCCCUCAAUCUUCCCUAAGUGGCAGACAAAAGUGUUUUGGCAGCGGGGAGGAGGGAAGAGCCAUCUUGGUGCUAGACCGGGCAUGCUCCCUCCCAGGACAAGCAGGAGACCAGGUGUAGCAAGGAGGAGGAAGAAGGAAAAUUGCUAACGAGAGCAGCUUUUAGGGGCAGCCCUCCAUCAAGAUGAGGUGCUGGGCUGGGGAGAGGUCUGCCACAGGGAAGGGGUGGGAGUCCCAGGCCUUGGGACUUAGUCAGCUGGACUCAACGAAACCUAAGAUGGUGCUGCCCUACUGGAGGGAUCAGUCCUGUUGUGGCCCCAGGUAACGAGCCUUUCCCACCACCACGACUGGUUCUGCACCAAAUACAGACUUACAACCCCA